AUGAGAUCGAUAUCUUACUCUCUGGCUUUUGGCCUUGCUUUUUCUUCUCUUGCCUCAACUGCCCCCACUCUCAUCCACCAGCAUGGCAAGUACAGCAAGUCGAAUGACGUUUGGCAGUCGUUGAAUGGGAAGAUCAAGCAUGUGAUUUAUCUCAUGAUGGAGAACCACUCCUUUGACAAUAUUGCUGGAUAUUGGAGUUUUAGAGACGACAUUGACGGCCUCAGGGGCAUCGACUACUGCAACAACUAUACAAACCCCAACUGGACCGUAUGGAACGAACCAAUAGAAAUCUGCGCCGCGCCUUACGAACGCGAGGUUCCUCUCAAAGACCCAGACCACGCCUUUGCUGGGACAAGCUACGAGAUCUACCAGAAAUGGCACCCAACCAACAAUGACAUUCCGACGAUGGGUGGGUUCAUCGAGCGCCAAUCCGACAAAUACAGCGCCACGCCUGGAGACACAGCCUUCGUAAUUCAGGCUUACAGCGAGGAGAAGUCCAAGACGCUAGCGACAAUCGCGCAGAACUUUGCCUUCUUCGACAGCUACCAUGCCGAACAUCCAGGCCCCACGAAUCCCAACCGCCAAUUUGCGACUUCGGGUUCGUCAUGCGGCAUGAUUGAAAACGAUGACCAGGCCGCCGGGUGGUAUGCCAAUGUCACUGGCACGACCUGCGCGAAAUCCAUCUUCCAGGCGUUGAACGAGAAAAACAUCACGUGGAAGAACUACUACGAGACGGACAUCAUCGACGCCUGGAUGUACAAGUGGGUGCAGGACAACGCCAUGGACAAACUCGUGCACGCCGACGAGUUCUACGCCGACCUCGCGAACGGCACUCUACCCACGUUCUCGUACAUCAACCCCGAAUGCUGCACCAUCGACUCGAUGCAUCCGACCAGCAACAUGGCCGCUGGCGAGCAACUGAUCAAGCACGUGUACGACGCGCUCCGCAACUCGCCCUACUGGGACAACGCCCUCCUAAUAGUCAACUUUGACGAGCACGGCGGCUUCGCCGAUCACGUCCCCCCACCCACGCACAUUCCCGCCCCCGAAGACGGCCUCGCCUUCAACGGCAUCUCAGACAACCACGCCGUGACGUACGACUUCACGCGGCUAGGUGUGCGCGUGCCGGCGUUUCUCGUCUCGCCGUGGAUCCCGGCUGGCACGCUGAUCCACGACCAAGGGACUGCUUACGCGGACAACAGCGCGUAUACACAUUCUUCGAUGCUGCAUUUUUUGCAGCUGUUGUGGGAUUUGGAUGGCUUGAACAAUCGCGUUGGAUGGGCUAAGACGUUUGAGUAUGUUUUUGGAGAGGAGAGGAGGACGGAUGCGUUGGAUGUGUUGCCCGUGCCGAGAUGGGUUGGUGGGGAGGGCCAGCAGCAGCCGGAGCCGUUUUAUAAGCUGAAUAUGCCGUAUAGUUAUUAUGAGAGUUUGGGGUGAGAGGAAGGCAUGGUGGGGUUAGUCGUGGCCGGUGUGGGUGGUUGAGAUGGC